UUUUUGUGUAAAGUCGAUAAUUUUUUUUUUUGUUUUCAAAUACAAACAUGCAUAGGUAAUGAUCGAUAGAUUCAAUAAUUUAACCAUAUGAUGAUGAAUCCAUCGGGACCAUCAAUUUGGCCACCAACGCCACAUCAUCAACAACAUCAUAAUCAAUCACCUGCUUUGAUCAUAAAUGAUAAUGAUAAAUCAACCAAUUCGGCUGCAAUUCUUAUGGCCAAUCAAUCGUCUGGAUCACCGUAUGGCAAUGGAAAUGGUGCAAAUAUUAACAUCGAUACUGAAUCAUUACUUUCUGGUUACAGUGAUCCUCGUAUUAAAAGCAAAGGCAUGAAUGGUAGUGCCACAGCAACAUACGCUUGUCUAUUAACAAACAGUACAACGGCCGUAAAUAAUACGUCAGUACUUGGAACAUCCGUUGUUCCUUCGCCUUUGGCAACAGGCACACCUAACGUAGUCAUUAAUCCAUACCAUGGCAAUUAUCAGGCCAAUACCGGUCAUCCGGAUGCUCAAGUGCAUAGCGUAGUUUCGAUGCGAAGUGCUGGACGACAAUCACAUCAUUCAAAUCGAAAUGGUCAUGCAACUAAGACAGUUGAAUCAGGUUAUCCUGUUAGCGGAAACAGUCAAGAUAUUGUUCAGGUAUCGAUGUUGUCCCCCGAUGAUAAUUGGAACGAUAAUACAACCGCCGUCACUGGCAACACAAGCGAUCAAUCUGGAUCAAUGGAUGAUCUCAGUAAAAUUGACAACACAGGAUUCACAAUCAAUAGACUUACUGGUUGUCAGCUAUGGUCUGGUUUGAUCGUAGCCAUAGUCUUGUCUGUAUGUGCCUUUCUUUCGCCAAUCAUAAUGAUCAUCAUUCCCCGAAUCGAGCUAUUCGAAUGGAAAGUCAAAGAAUGUGGACCCGAAUGUGAUGGUCUGGUCCUAAGUUUUCUUUUCAAACAAUUAAUUCUGGCCAUAGGCAGUUGGGCUGUCUUUUUCCGUCGUCCACGAUCGACAAUGCCACGUAUCUGUACAUAUCGAAGCACGGUACUAGCUUUUAUCUUGGUGUUGCUGGUUUCAUAUUGGCUUUUCUAUCUGGUCCGCAUCGCUGAUAAACGAUUAAGCGAUGAAGAUGCUAUCAGUUAUUACAGUGUUAUUAUGUUUGCCAUAUCGUUGGUUGACGCCUUGUUAUUUAUUCAUUACUUGGCUGUUUUGAUACUUCGAAGCUGCCAUCUGGAGAAUGAAUUCUUUAUCAAAGUAGUUCGUUCACCGGAUGGUCAUAGCCAAUGUUAUACGUUAGGUCGGACAUCCAUUCAAAGAGCUUCGUUAUGGAUAUUGGAAAAAUAUUAUCAGGAUUUUCCACGUUACAAUCCGUUUCUAGAACGAUUAGCAAUGAGAAAAAGUCGCCGAAAUAGUAGUCUUUCUCGACAAGGACUUAAAUUUUAUGAUGUUGAUGGCGUUACCGGUCCAGGCUCGACCAACAAAUCAAAUAAUGGAGAGAAUAAUCCUCUUCAACUAAGUCCAAAAUCAAUAUUGGCUCAAAAUACGGCUGCAAAUGCGGGAAGACGAUGGCCAAAAAAUGCAACGCACCUAAAUGGCGGUAGUACCAUUUCAGAUGGCCGAUGUAAUAGACGUCAGGAACGCGAUACGACUAGUCAUCAUAGCGGUCAUUCAGGACAUCAUCAUCAUCGAAAUCAUAAUGAUCGUUUACACGAAGAACAUGAAUAUGAACGACGAGUUCGUAAACGAAAAUCUCGACUAAUGAGCGUUACGGAAGAAGCGUUCACUCAUAUCAAACGUAUUCAACAGCAAAGUCAUGGCCCUUUAUCAACAUCAUCGAUGAACCCGAAAGAAGCUGCACAAGCUAUUUUUCCAACAAUUGCUCGUACUUUACAGAAAUAUUUACGCGCAACAAGACAACAAUCACGACAUUCAGUUCAAUCAAUAUUAGAACAUCUAUCAAUUUGUCUUACAUAUGACCUAAGUCCAAAAACAUUUCUUGAAAAAUAUCUAUCACCACAUAAUCCACAUGUUGGUUGGUCAACAAACAAUGAUCAUAUCGAAACAUGGAAUCUUAUUUCCGAUACAUUAGUAUCACGUUCAAUCGAAUCGGGUAGCCAAUUUUUAUUACGUCAAGAAGAUCAUGUUUGCUUAUUGGUAACAAUAAAUCGUAUGCCAUAUUUAAAUCUGGUCGAACAAGUGAUCGAUAUUGAACGAACCAAAUUCCUAUUCAAAUUAAAUUCCGAAACUUCUGUUUGAAACAAAUUUUUUUCCGAUUUGCACUUGUAAUUUUUUGAACGAAAUUUCCAGGUGCUAGUGAUAGUUAAUUUUAAAACCCUUGUUUGUAAAUAUUAUAAACUAUUAUAAUUCUUCCCCUUUCACCCACCACCACCACCAACAACAAUUGUUUUUUUGUACAUUUUUUAUUUUAUAAUGCUUAUUGCUUUCUUCUUUACUUUGAUUUUUUAAAUUAAAAAAAGAAUUUUUUUCA